ACACCCACUAUCACUAUGGGCCGCACUAACUCUGUUGCUCAUGAGCGCAAUGACAGUAUCCGUGAACGGGCCCAGGCAGUUGCCGCACAGGUCGAAACGCAACAGUCAUGGAUAGAAAAGCGUCUGAAGCCCAGCAAGAUCUCGGCCAGAUAUCCCAUCAAGGGCAAGACCCUGUUGUUUGCAACAUGCGGCUUUGGCAGUCUUGGAGAUGCUCUGUUUGGUUAUAAUUCAGGUAUCAUGUCCGGUCUGCUUAUCAACCCGGUCUUUGUCUCGCGCAUCUUCAAAGACUACGGUGGCGCAGAUGGCUCGACUGCUAUGAUUAAUCCUUCGAUCACAGGUAUAUCUGUGGCAUGUCUGCAGGCGUCUGCCGCUGUAGGGUCCCUACUCGCCGGACGUCUGGGCGAUAUCAUCGGGCGGAAGAGAUGUGUGCGUCUCGGCGCGUUCAUCUACUUCUUCAGUGCCUUUAUCCAGAUGUUUGCACCCGGAUUCACACCUUUCAUCAUCGGUCGGACCAUCCAGGGAGUGGGUGUUGGCAUUCUUUCCAUGACAGUCCCGAUCAUUCAGACCGAGAUUGCUGCUCCUCAUCGCCGUGGAAUGAUGGUCGGUAUCGAAUACACUUUCUUGAUCGCGGGCUACAUGCUGUCUUGCUGGGUGGACUACGGGUUCAAUUUCAUGCUCCCCAAGGAGAUGUCUUGGCAGGGGCCUUUCAUCGUCCAGAUCGGUCUAUCUUUCAUCUUGCUCAUCAUGUCGUUCUUCCUUCCAGAGACACCGAGAUGGCUUGCCAAAAACGGUUUCAUGCAGGAAAGUCUGCAGACAGUGGCAGAUUUGCACUCGGACGGAGAUACCGACGCAGUGCAUGUCCAGAAAGUCUUCUAUGAAAUCCAAGAGGCUGUGGUAUACGAGAGUGGUCUAGGAAAAUCCACAUGGUCGGAGAUGUUUACCCGCUACCGCAAACGCACCAUCAUCGGCAUUACGGUUCAGAUGUUUGCACAACUCAAUGGCAUCAACAUCAUCUCGUUCUACCUUCCGAGUACAUUGGCGUCUGCUGGGUUCAGCGAGCGCAAAUCUCUCCUGUAUACGGCUGCCAACGCGAUGCCGUACACCGCAGCGACGAUCGUGACAUGGUGGCUUGCCGACAGCUGGGGAAGGAAACCUCUCCUGUUGACUGGAGGCAUUGCAAUGGCCGUCUUACUCGGCAUCGUAUGUGUCUUCACCGAAGCCAACCUACCUGUGGACAUCAAAGCCAACGGCCAGUACGCAUUCGUAAUGCUCUACAACAUCUUCUACGGCUUCACCUGGGGCCCAAUGCCAUGGCUCUUGCCCGCCGAGAUCUUCCCGCUGCGAUCAAGGUCAAAAGGCAUGGCGCUAGCAACGACGUCGAACUGGAUCUUCAACUUCAUCAUCGGGAUGGUAUCGCCAGAUGCGUUUGCAGGGAUAGGCGGCUACUUCUAUCUCAUCAUUGCGGGUUUCUGUCUCUGUUCGGCGGCCCUGUCUCACUUCUACUAUAUUGAGACGGGAUCACAUAACUUGGAGGGAAUCGCCAAUGCAUUUGGGGAGAAAGCUUUUGCCGACGACGACGCGGAAGUCAUGCAGGUGGCUGAUGUGAGAGGGGAGGAGAAAAGUACCGUUGCUUGAGCGUCUUUAGGGCGUAUAGAAUAGAUUUGAUAGAUAAAAAUGAUAGAGAUUGGUGCCUUUUGCAGUAGCAGUCCGAGAGCCUUCAAUCAUCAAUUACGACGAUUACAGUG